UAAGCAAACAUAUUGGAUAUGUUGCUGGAUUGACCCGCUCUGAGAAUAAUAUAUGGGUUUAGGUUAAAGUGUUAAUAUUAUUCUCAUUCGACCAUUAGUAUAACAAUCCUUCGACUUGAAGUCAUUACAUUCUUUGAAAUUUCAUUUGGUAUCAGAGCCUGCAUAGCUUAAUUUACUAGCUAUCGAUCAUAUCAUGGGAGACAUGGAAGAAGGAGCAAAUGUUCAGAGACCACCUUUACUGCGUGGACACAACUACAAUUUCUGGAAGGGUAGGAUGAGGGCUUUUCUCAAAUCUCUUGGAGUAGAUUCUACUCAGUACACGCUCAUCUCAAACUGCGACAAUGCCAAGGAAGCUUGGGAUAUUCUUGAAGUCACACAUGAAGGAGAUGAGGAAGUGAAGACUGCAAAAUAUCAGAUCCUGAUGACUCAAUAUGAAAAUCUGCGCAUGGACGAGAAGGAAAAAAUCACUGAAUUUCAUGGGAGAGUUAGAGAUAUUGCAAACCAGGCUGCACGACUAAAUGAACCCAUUCUAGAAAAUAAGUUGGUUCUCAAGGUGCUGAGAUCACUUCCAAAAGAUUAUGAGAUGGAUGUCAAGGCCAUUCGACGUUCCCACAACAUCAAAAACAUGACUCUUGACGCUCUUAUGGGAAUACUGGAAUCAAUUGAACUGGACAUGAAAUUCAAGAAGCAGUGGAUUCAAAAGAGAUCAAAUCCAAGACAUGAAGGCACCUCUAAGGGACUUCCAUCAAAAAAUGCUAAGUAUAAAGAAACCAGAUACACAGAAAGCCCUAACUAUAUGAAGAAAAAGGGGCCACAGUGCUUUGAAUGUGGCGGAUAUGGCCACAUCCAGUCUGAGUGUGCAAACAAUCUAAAAAAGAAGAGACAAGCUUUCAAGGCAACUUGGAGUGAUGAUGAAACUGAAGAUCAGAGUGAUUGUGAAGAAUCUAACUGUGCAUUUAGUGCAAGUGUUGAUCUAGGUGACGAAGUGAGUCUUGAAGAACAACUCCAGGACCUGCAAGAAAAAUGGUCAGAACUCCUGAUGGUAAACAAAAGGAAUGUCACAGACAAAAACAGACUGAUUUCAGAAGUUGAUGUUUUGAAGGAGAGAAUUGAAGGACUCAUCAGGAAAAUUGGAGAACUUGAAGGAGAAAAAUCUGAUCUGUUAUUCGAAAUAAACCAACUGAAGUCCUAUCAAAAGUGGAUCAAAGUUGCAGGAGCAGAGGUGCUAGAUCAUCACUCAACUAUGGCUAAGCCUCCUGGAGAUAUGACAUGUAUUGGAUACACAGAAAAAGGAAAGAUGCCUAAAUCACUUGAAGUCAAGUUUGUUAAAGCUUCCGAAGGAAAACCCUCACUCAAAAGGGAACUCUGGGCAAAACAUUGCUGGACGCGUCUACUGGCUGCAAACAACGCACAACAAACCAAUGCUCAUCCUGAAACACAGGCAGCAGAUGUAGACGAAGAACAUCUCCUACAACCCAAUCUGGAAGGAUCAAACAUGGAGCAACCAGAUUCAAGAUCUGUAGAUGCUGAAGUCAAAAAUGUAACAGAAGAUGAUGUGAUUCUACAUCCUGUAGCCACAAUCCCAGAAACCCUCUACUUAGAGUACACAGUCACUAAUCAAGAAGAAAACAUGCAGAGCAAAAAGAAGGAAGAUUUGUGGUCAGAGAAGGAAAAACCAGAAAUUGUGGAUAAAGAACCUUUAAUAGCAUGCUCAGAUGUGCCAUUUGAAGGAGUGCAAUUCACAACUCUAGAAUCCAAGAUACCAAUGGCGAAAUGCACUGGAUCUAGAUGGUCGCUGCGUCAAAAGGCGAAAGAAGAUCAAGAAUCAGAAGGGUUUGAAGAAAUUCAACCAAGAGAAGUUCCAAAGAAGGGGUUAAAGCGAAAGGAGAAAGCAGGAGAUGAUCAAGAGGAGAGUUUAAAGAAGCAGAAAACAUCAUCUCCCCCAGCAAAACUCACAACCGGAAGUCAGAGCAACCGAAGGAAAGAUGCAAAAACCAAAAAGUCACCCAAACCAGGGAAGUUUUCUAAACAUCUUUUCGUGAAUUCAAUUGCUAGCUCAUUCAUGUCUGAAAUUGCCAAGAAAACCAUUCUGCCACAAAGAAGUAUUGAUGUUGAGGAUUAUGAAUCGAAGACAAACUUAAUCUCUGUGCUGAAAAAAUGUAAUUUACUUAAGUCAAUCACUCUGCCCGGUUCUUAUGUGAGAAAAGUCAUUCAAGAGUUUUACUGCAAUUUGUCUGAGGGUUGCAACAUCCACACUGACCCCUCAUAUCACAAAGUGUUUGUGAGAGGAAAAACUUUUGAUCUGUCCCCUACAAAAAUCAAUCAGUUCUUGAACAUAAAACCCCCAUCCUCUGAAAUCAAUGUGAAUGAAAGACAAGUCUGGACUGAUCUCACAAAUGGUGAGCGUAUCUCUCAAUCCACCAAAUCAAAAGUGCCCUCCUCCAUCCUCAAAAGUUCUUAUGCCAUUCUGUUCAGAGUUGCUGCGUAUCACUGGCUCCCCACUACCCAUAUGAACACAGUUCCACUCUGCAUAGCCACACUCAUUUACAAAAUCAAGCAUGAGAUACCUAAGAAUCUUGGGAAAAUUAUAUUUGACCAGAUCAUGAGCUUUGCCCCUGAAAGGGCCAAACAAAACUCAAAUGGGCUUCCUUAUCCUCUUCUUAUUUUUCAAAUGCUCAAAUCUCAGAAACUUGUAGUUGCAGAUGAAGAAGAACCUGCUCCACCUCUCCUCCAGGUUGAUUUAAGGCACUUUGAACGAAAACACUACAAUGACAUGGCAAUAAGGGAGGAACAGAAGACAGCUCCAGCAGUUCUUCAGUCAGACUUCUCCAAAACAGCUUUCAUCAAAGGAGAAAUUCAGCUGCUGCAAGCGAAAAUUGAAGAAUACAAGAAGCUGAUCAAAGAAGCUGAAAUCAAAAUGAAAAAAUGGGCCAUUGUCCUGUCAUCUCUGGACAUCACUUCAGAUGAAGCUGCUAAAUCAUAGGGGGAGAGGACCAAGCAAGAUGGACCAGAUGAUGCUGCAACACAGGGGGAGCAAAGUGAAGAUGAUGAAGCAACUGAGGAAGGAAAGGAAAGCUCAGAUACAGCGGAUGAUAACCUAGCAAAUGAGGAGUCAGAUUUUGAAGCUGAACUCCACAAGUUUGAUGAUUAAACUCCUCAAUUUUGU